UGUGAUUUCGUUCUCCCUCGUACUCUGAACUUUCCUCCUCUGCAAGUAAAGCUUCCCUCUGUUCUGGCUGAUUCCUCAUCCCAUUUCCCUUCUCUCCCUCGAGUGCGAUCUGAGAUCCUCGGGUCGUCACAUCUAGCUCCGCACCGUCAUGUCCCAUGAUCAGCUACUACACGAAGAACAGUCAUGUCCAGUGACCAGAACCAGAGUACGUGUCGUCCCUGAUCACUGCUCGUGGUUUGGUUGUGCCGAUCUGGCUGACGGUUCACCAACCGUGCAUGAAGAUGGACAGAUGGUGGUCGCUCAUGAGGUGUUCGACGGAAUGCGGGACUGGGAUGUGUAUUAUUUCAGGACAUGCUUAAUCAUAUUGGCAUGUGGCCAUUUGCUGAUGGGGGGUAUAGAAUCAGAGCAGGGAAGAAGAAAGGACAGCCAUUGGUCGCCGUGGCAACCGGUAAGAAAGGCGAGAACAGAAGAUGGGAAGGGUAAGAGGAAGAAGAAGAGAAUGACAGGUUUUCUUACGAGACAACUGAACUGAAUGAGCAAGAGACGCACAACACACUCCUGCGAUGCGGUGGCGCCGGGUCUCGUCCAUUCUCUACAGCGACGCAACAGGCUCCUCGCUCUGCUUGGAUCCAGGAACCUUCGGAACUCCAUUUUUUGGUCAACUGAGCUUGUUUACACCUCCCAACUACAUAAUUUAUUGGAGCCUCACACCCCCUAGUCCGGCCCUGGAGGAGGUGUUGCAAUCUUGGGCUUCGAGGAUGACGACUAGGCAGCGGCGGACGCCAGGGAGGCGCCAGAGGUCGCGACCGUUGGGGCGGAGGGGGUCCAGUGGAUGGGUUGUGUUUCCGGCGGCAGCUUGCUCGGAUCCAUGGGCGGCGCCAUGGGAGCUCCCGUGAGCAGAAAGAAAGAGAUGAUGGAGAGGGAGGAAGGAAGGAAGAUGAAGGGAAAAGGAGGGAGCAAGGGGCGGCACUGCGGUUUGGCUUGCCGGCGGCGGCUCGCCGGAGGAGGAUGCGGCGAGGAGGGCUCGGACUUGGCGGCAGGGAGGAGGAAUCAGAGGAAGACACCAUCGGCUGGGGACUUGGCGCGGGGGAGGAAUACGGGAGGAAGACUUAUGCGUGCGAUGCCGAU